AUGGUUCCAGAUCAGCGUGUUUAUAAUGCUCCUACUUCAAACGAGGUUGUUGUUAUUUGGCCAGAGACUACUUCUUCCAGUGAAUUUGAGAGCCCACAGAUACUGGUCACUAGUCAAAAUGAUUCUUCUUAUAGAAUCAAACAUUAUUAUGGUUGCUAUGAUCCUUUGCAAUAUCCAUUACUAUUUCCAUAUGGUGAUUGUGGGUGGACUCAAGGUCUUAAGAAAAUGUCUAUGGGUGGAAUGCAACAGUUACAGUCUCAGUCGGAUCCGGUUUCUUCUUGUAGUGUGCAUACUACUGAAGAUUUGUUAGAUGAGGAGGCUAGGCGUUCAAAUGGAGGUUCAUCUAAGGCAGAUAAACAUAUUUCAGCUCGAGAAUACUAUGCAUAUAAGCUUCAAUGUCGACCGGAAAAUAUACGCUUGGAUUUUUUCCAUAAGAAUCAACAGACAAUUGGGGCUGAUCUUUAUCAGGGACUUCUUGAUAGUAUUGACUGUGGAGAAGAUUGUGCAGCAAAUGUUGGUAAAAGAGUCAUAUUGCCUACAAUAUUUAUACGUGGUCCUCGUGAUCUUAAGAAGAGAUAUCUAAAUGUGAUGUCAUUAGUUCAGAGGUUUGGCAAGCCUGAUUUAUUUAUAACAAUGACAUGCAAUCCCAAUUGGCCAGAAAUAAAACAAGAACUUGUUGUUGGAGAAGAAGCACAAAAUAGGCCAGAUAUCAUUGCAAGAAUUUUCAGAGCAAAGUUACAUGCUUUAAAACAUUUAAUUCAAAAGAAAAAAAAGUUUUUGGAGAAGUGGCUGCAAUGA